AUGCUGGAUAACAUCGACCAUCCAUACUUCCUACCCAAUGUCGACGCCUGGUAUAACAAUGCUCGCAUUGCGGCCAUUGUCUGGCGGAACGCCGAGCUCCAACGCCGCGUCAACAGUGCUGUCUUUCACCUCCUCCCGUUCUUACGCGUCACCCUGAACGCAACGGGUGGACAAGGUCGACUUCCGCCCGAGGUCAUGGACCGUAUCGCGGACUUUGUCCCGAACGGCGUCCUCUCCAUGGACCAGGUAAAACGCCUCCGCGAACACGCAACCGACCGCGAAGAGUCGAGACGGGUCGCACAAGCGUUGAAGGCGGGGGGAACCAAGGAGGAAUGGCUGUUCAACGGCAGGUUCUGGUGGGAUAAGGGGUACGAGGCGGCCAGGGCGGAGCUGGGCUACGACAAUACGGCGUGGCCGCCGAUCGAAAAUCGUGAAGCCGUCUUGCAAUUUCUCGCCUUUCCGCCGGUCGUGUCGGCGUGGCCGUAUGACCGGGGCGACGAGGUAAAGGAGAUCAUGCGCAAGCAGGAGAGGAGUGAAUGA